UACUGAUAAGUGAUUUUUUGAAGUUUUAUUUUCGAUAUAAAUUGAGAUUUUUUGCCUUGUUGAAAUUAUUUCUUCUAUUGUAACUACUUUGACAAAAUGAAGGUUAUUAGUUCUGUGCUUGUUGCCGCUUUAAUUUUCGGAGUUGCUAGCUGCAACUCCCUAGAAAGAGAACGCGAUGUUCAUUUGACAGGAAUUUUCGAUAAAAUAAUAAACUCCACAUUAAACAAAAUCAUCGAGAAACUCCCCGAACUAAUCACUAUGAAGGAUUUGGAUAUUAACUUCCCUGAAUCAGGACUCAUCGUUGGGAGUGCUAAUAUUUCAAGCCUCAGCUUGGUUGGUAUCAACAAGUUGGUUGCUUCUUACAUCAAAGUUAAUGUUCUUAAUAUGCACCUCAACAUGACUAUGGACUUGCCAAUGGUCAAUAUUAACAUGAACUAUGGAGCCGACGUCACAUUGGCUGACUUACUUCCAUUGUACGGCGAUGGAAAAAUUAACAUUAACUUGGAAAAGACAUCUCUUCAAAUUGCUGGAGGAGUUAACAUGACCGGUGGAAUUUCCCUUAAGGAUAUAUCUGUGAUUUUAAGUAUGGGAGGCGCAACCUUUGAUCUUCAUGGUUUGAUUUACAACGAAGACUUUAGUGAUGUUGUCAGUGGUAUGCUCACCGAUAACGUAGCCCCCUUUAUCAACAACAACCAAAAAGUUAUUUCCGGAAUUUUGAGCCCCUUGAUCGAAACCGUAUUUAACAGCGUGCUCAAACCAAACAAAGAAUUGUUUUUGAAAUCUGUUCAAGAAAACUUGUAAACAGCAAAUGUAAUAUUAAAUAAUAAAAAUAAAAAUACAACGAUCUAACCU